AUGAUUAAGAUUGUCUUUUACGUUUUACUAGUAUGCGUGACUAUUUCUUCGGCUAAAAAUAGUGAUUCUCAUGAAAAAACUGGUUCUAUCACUCCUUCUGAUCUCCAAAAUACAUGGUCAUGGAUGAUAUGCAAGAAUAAAACUAAUGCUCAAUCAUUUUUGUCUAGUAUUCGGCAACUUCUCAGUAAUCUUGAAGGAAACGGCAGUUAUACUCAAGUUUUUGAAAAGCAUAGCAACGUGGUGGCUUAUUAUACAGACGAUACUAAGACAGCUCUUUUUUCAUUGAACUGUACAGAAUUUUUUAGCAGUCUCAGAGUUGCUCAGCACCUCGACGAACAAGGUAUGGUAUACCAGCACAAGCUAGAAGAGAAUGCUGCCCGUCUCUAUAUCGAAAUGGUUCAAAACUUUAUUACAUCCAAUAUAUCUCCUGACCGUUUUUUCUAA